AAGUUGCACUUGAAGACAAGACCCUCACUGAACAUGAUGAGGGGGCUUAGCAGAGAAGGGGAAAACAAAACCAUUUGCGAGGUGUGCACGCUGACAUCAAGUGUUAUGUUUCAAGGAAACAGGAAACUCUGGUUAACACUCGGCGGCCGUCUGCACAAACACAGCGAGCGACGCAUGAUGGAGGGCAGGCGCGUGGACUACCUGAUCUUCAGCAUCACCCUGCUCAGUCUGCAUGGAGAUGCCAUUUUAGAAGGACCUGCUGACUCAACUGUUGUGCUGAAGGAGAAUCUGACCCUGGUGUGUACGUGCCCUUGGUCUGGUAAUCUAACACAGAUUAGCUGGGAAAAGAGAACUAACAAUAAUAAGACGCAAGUUGCUGUUUUCCACCACAUCUAUGGUAAAAUGCUCUUUGGAGACUAUCAACGAAGGACCAUCUUUCUCAACUCCUCAGUAAUGGAUGGAAGUAUUAUGAUAAAAGAAACCUCUGCUGCUGAUCAAGGUUUCUAUCAAUGUUCAAUGCAGACAUUCCCAAAAGGUACAUGGACAAAGAAGAUCCGAGUCAUUGACACAGAUGCUUUGAAAACACAUAAUCCUGAUUUAAAUAUUGAAAUUAAGGAAGCAAAUGACUUUUUGCUGAAAUGCAACUAUAAUUUGAAAGGAACCAUCUACAGCGUGGUUAUUCAAAAACUUGGAGACGGCUUUAAGGACAACGUAGCCUCUUGCAGCUUUGCACAUCGGCCACUUGUUGGUGCAGAUUACAUAGAAAGAAGCAUAUUAAACUGCACCGACUUUCUACAAGUCAGCCUGCUGCUCAAAAAUGUCACCGUUGAUGAUGAAGGUCUGUAUCGCUGCCAUUUCACCAUGAAAGAAGAAAACAGAACAACAACAGUUUCCUUGACAGUAAUAAAAGAAAAAGACGAUCUUAUCAAAACAUUAUCCAUUUAUAUUGGAGCAGGCUUGGGGUUUCUUAUUGCAGUUUUAAUUACGACAGUGAUAUGUCUGAAGAGGAAGAAAAAGAAGAGAAUGAGAAAACGAGCCAAACAUCCUCCGGCAAGAAGAAGGCAUUAUAACAACUAUCAACAAUCAAUGAUUCAUGACAGAGUGUCAAAACGGCCAAAUGAUCGUACGCAUGAAGAUAUUUAUAUUAAUUUAAAGAACGUUUCAAAUCCAACGAGAAAAAAAAAAACAACAUUUGGAUGAGCGCUUCUGCUAACUGCCGACCCGGGGAUCACUUUGACAGUUUCUGAUACUAAAACAAUUUUUGCCUACAUGGUAAAAAAGACAAAAAUUAAAAACUAGAAAAAAUAUUAUACAGGUCACCUUCUUAUUUCUAUGUCAUGUCAUUACAAGACUAAAGAAAUCCGCAAAACGCUUUUGUUCAGAAGCCAAAUACAAAACAAAGAAGCUCAGAAUUGCCAGUCACAGAGUACAGAGAUAUUUCAAUGCCUGUCAUGCACAUUUUACUUUUUUUUUUUGUUAUAGUGUUUCCUGAUACUGAGACAACAUGUACAUACAAUUGGAGUUUAUCUGUAAGAACGUCAAUUUUGUCUUCAUCUCUGUUUGCAAUAUUUGUUUGUUUUU